UAUAGCCGUGUUUCAAUUAUCAAAAUCGCAUAAAUAUUUCAGGCACUUUCAACAUGUAAUAAAAAAAAAAAUAACUGCCAAAUAGAUUUAAAUACUUUUUGUAUCCAUCAUGAAAAAAGAAAUGGCAAAUCAGACAUACAGUUUGAUUGUGGAAACGCUGAUCAUUUGGCUGCUGAUCGUUGUGCUCCUCAUGCUGCGCAAUUUGUACUGUACUCUACUGCAUAACAAAUUAUUUGGCAUCAAGAAAAAAAAACCAACAUUGUCAGAAACAACAGCAACAACAUUGACAACAACAACAACAAUAGCUGCGAGCAAGAAGAGAAGAAAAUCCGAUGUGACCGCUGUGCAGAUAGUAACUCCAACGCAACUGCAGAGCUGCUUACCAAUGGGCAAUACCCAAAACCAGAAUCGUUCGGCCCUAACGUCGUCGGCCCUUGAAAAGUCGCCAGCCACCAGCGGCAGCCUGGUGAGAUUGCCUGUGGUCGCAGAGUUGGGGGAGAACCACGGGGGGAACGGGGGAACGGGGCAACAGUAGACGCAGCAGC